AGCUGUUACAUUUUUAAAGAUGCUAUUGAGUCUGUGGAACGUAAUGAAUUUUCUGAAAUGCUAUACACAAUAUGUGUGCGAGUAAAUAGUGGUGAAAUCCUUUCCAACCAGUUACAUUCAGUCCGAGAACCCAUUUGGGCCUGGAUGAGACAGCACUGUGCCUCUUUUACAGGUAUGUCAGAUAAUGCUGUAUUCAGUGACAUAUUCCAAAUCAAUACAUUUGGAGAAUUAACGUUUGGUUUAAAAUCAUUAUUUCUUAUUCAACAUACCAAUCAUUCCAUUUGUUCAGAGUGUAACCAGGAAAUUACCAAAUCCACAGAUGUUUUUGUCUUGUAUAUUACCUAUCGCCAUAUAAAUCAGAAUGGUUUUGAAAGUUCUGUAUCAGAAGCUAUGCUGCCAAACAUCAAUAGACUUUUUUGUGUUUACUGCCAAAAUCACUCUAGAAGUGUUGCUUCACUUCGACACUUUGUGUGCCUGCCAACCUUUUUAACGAUAGAAUUGUCACCUGAUUGUACAACUCAAAUGUUUUUUCCUUAGGAGUUUCAUACUGCCUCAAAGGAAUUGUUAGGUGUUUAAAUUGACAUUUUACUGUGCCUUAAAAAGUGAGAGCGGUUGGAUCUAUAUUGAUGAUUUGUGUGUUUCUGUAAGGCGUUUCUUAUCCUUUCAAGAAGUAUUGUAUAGUUAUCCGGAUGGCUGUUUUUUGCCAUAUUUCAAAAGUCUGAGUCUGUAGUCAUCAAUUUACAUCUGCAAUAGCUUUACCAUAAAUCCAGUUGUUUGCAAAUCAGUUUCAAAAGACUCUUGCAGUACGAAAGAAGUAAAGUUAGACCAAAAAGUCACAAGUUAUAAAAAGGAUAACAGAGUCAAAUGUAAUAACUAUAUGAAGUGUUACAGAAAACAGCCGGAAGUCAAGGCAAAAAAUAAUGCAUACAAGCAGAAGUAUAGAGCUAAAACUUAUUCUGAACUUGACUUAAACGAAAGGGGCAAAUUAGAAAUACGUAAAAGAAAUGAAAACCAAAGAAAUGAUUUAGUAAUUAAAUUUACAAUGAAGCGGAAAAGUCAAAGCAUUAAUUCCUCAAGUGAUACAUAUUAUGCAGAUGAAAACAUUAAACGACCUAAACAGGAAAUAAGAAAAAGGUCUUCACAAACAUCUACUGAAGUGAAGGAAAGAAAAAAAGUUGUACACGCGGGCAUACAGGCUCAAGAAAAUUAAAUCAGAUAGUAGUGUAAUGACUGAAGGAGUAACAAGUCUGAAAAAUGGGGUUUCUAGCCAGGAAAUGUAUUUAUCUGAGUUUAAAAUAAGUAACUAUGGAGAGCUUCACCAACAAGACUGGGCAAAACUGAACAUGCAAAAGUUUCAUGAUUCGAUGAAGUUAAGAAUUUCUUUAUGUCAAUGCUGUCAUGAAGCAUGGCCACUUCACAUUAAAACAAAAAAGAAAAAGGAACCAUAUAUUUGUACCAGGUGCUUAAGAGACACAGUCACCUCAUUAUUAUGAACAGUUUGCUUUGUCGUCAAGGAAAGAAAGCCUUUUCUUUUUAUCUAAAUUCAACGUGCUUAAUAUGGACCUGUUAAUACAGACACUUUCUUUGACCCCCUCAGUGUUCAUAUUAACAGGGUUUGACUGUAGCAACCUGGACGUUAGGUCGCAAGGUUUUUGCAUUUUGGUCAACUAAGCACGUUCACAGGAAGCCUCUAGAACACCAUUGAAAGGUGAUUUUAUUUACUAGUUGAUUUACUCUAUACCUCUUUGUUAUUUCCAUUGAUGUUGUCAUUUUAAUUAAUAUCAUUAUUUUCAGGUUUCCACUUGUAUAAAAACAUUAUAACUUUCUGAGGUGAUUCUCACUGUGGUGCUUAUUUUAUGUGUAACUGAAUUGAAUUAUUUGUAAACUGAGUUGCUAACACGUUAUUGUUACUUUUAAAAAUUACAGUUCAUGAUGUCAGCAAGGAAGCAGUCUAGGGGUAAGUUGUAAAAUUUUAUUCAAGUUGAUGUUCCCUAUGAAAGAGCUUAUAUGUUUGAUAAGAUGGGAAAGUGGGGACAAAGAUGGAAAACCUUUUGUAGCUCAAGACACUUGACAAAUGUUCAAGCAAACUAUGCUAAGAUAGCAUAGCAUGUGUUGUUGUUUUAACUGUAAUGAUGAUAAUAGUGUUAUUGUUGCUGUCACUGUAAGCGCAUUGAUGAUCAUGCAUCCUGAAUUUGUUUGCUUAUCUUUCGUUUAGUAAACAAGUAUUGGUACAUCCAAAAAUUAUCCCCCCUCAAAACCGCUGCAAGGUCCAGACAUGAUUGGUUUGACUUUCACCUGCAAGUUUCACCGACUAAAGUGCAAAGAGUAGUUGGAUUUGACAAAACAAAACAUCCCAAGAUCAAGCACGUCCAAGAAACCAAGUCUCCCGUCUUGUUAAAGAACCUUCUUAUACCAGAUGAUGAAGACAACGACUGGCUUUUCAACCAGCAAUCCUAUGUUUCGCAGUGUGCAAAUGCUGAUGUACCAUUCUCCUAUGUACCAAAUUUUGUCAAGUCAGAACGUUCCGAAUCAACAUCACAGGAAGCGUCUGAUGUCUCUUUACGAGAACUGAAAGAAAUGGCGCCCAAUCAGAAAGUCAACGUCCAUGCAACUCUGUCAAUGGGAGCCCAGGAGCCAAACAAGAUAGAAACCAAAUCCAGUCAAGCUUUAUCUGUCAAAGAAGACUGCAUAUUGGAAGACGAAACGGGCACAAUGGAACUCCACAUAUGGGAACCGUUAUUUACACAACUGAAAAGCAACGAGGCCUAUUACUUUCAAAACCUCACACUACGGUAUUAUCAAGGAUCAAAAUUCCUUAGCACCAACAGGAAUACAACUUACAGUGAGGAAACCACAACUCUCAAAAAAUUAGUGGGCCCAGAAAUAUUGACAAAUCCAGAAAGAGAGAUCAUUGCAAGUCAACUAAAAUAUGUUGCCAGUUUAAGCAUUUUUAGUGCAUGCCAACUUUGCAAAAAACGAAUUGGGGAUGAGUCGGGCGAGUCAGUGAGAUGCCAAAACUGCAAAGUGCGACAAAGGAUCAUCAACUGCAGGCGGGAAGACUCUGUCAAGCUGUGUAUUCAACACAAUGAAUCGGAAUUGUGGCUCACUGCAUUUACAAAUGAUAUCGAAAACCUCCUGAAGAAUACAACAGCAAGUAUGAGCAGCACCAUAGAUGAAAUAGAAGAUGCCCUUAUGAGCCUAAAGGAUGUCAAAUUGAAAUACAACUCCCAACGGAACAUUGUCAAAGAAGAACUAAACUUGUAA